AGGGAUUGAUAAUAAUUCCAUCGUAGAGGGCAUACCAGAACUGCUAUUAUCAAUCAAUUUGCAUUUGUACCUGUGGUGAUAUUGGCGAGGCCAAAACCGAAAAAUCCACUAUUUCCAUCUAGCAACCUUUAAACGGACCGGCGAGAGUUUUGUCGAUAACGAAGUAGGAAAUAAACUUGUUGACAACGUUGGACAACGUUCAGUUUGACAAUUUGACAAGCAUCUUCAGUAAUAAAUAAUGUUACGAUGUUACGAGAGUGGAGAGAGAACGUGUCUUAUUUGAUCGAUAAAAUGAGGUGAGACAAUCUGAAGAAACCGAAAGUACGUCGGUUUAUUUCUCCGUUCGAAGCUCGAGACGGAUUUGAAAAUGUAUCGUUCGGAUUUAAAGAACUGGCCAAUUUUUACUUUCUUGGAUCCAGCUUUUCUUUCGAAAAUUCACAUGACGAUUGUGUAUGGUACCUUAGGUGGGGAAGCUUUAAUUGUGACAAAAGAUAACAUGGUAUAUGCGAUAGGAAGUAAUGAUCAUGGGUGCCUUGGAACUGGCGAUACUUUGAGUUAUAUCGAACCAAGGAAAGUAGAAGCAUUAUGCGAUAAAGAGAUAAGAACUAUUGCUUAUGGCAGAGGGCCACAUGUUCUGGCUCUGACAGGAGCAGGAGAGGUAUAUUCGUGGGGACACAAUAAUUAUUCUGAAUUAGGAAACUGUACUGCUGUUGUUGAAGAUUCGGUUCCAAAACAAAUAAAAAUGGAUUUAAGUAACAAAUUUGUUGUCGACAUUGCUUGUGGAAGUUAUCAUUCUCUUGCAUUAACAAGAGAAGGGGAAGUAUAUGCAUGGGGUGGAAACAACUUCGGGCAAGUAAAUAGUAAUGUAGGAGUAAAUUUGAAUACUCCCAAAAAGGUGAAUUCUGCAUUGACCUUGAAAAUAGUUUCGAUCAGUUGUGGUCAGGCAAUGAACAUGGUGAUCACGAACGAUGGAGAAGUUUAUGGUUGGGGACAAAACAACUUUGGUCAAUUAGGAAUUGGAAACUAUGUUAAUCAAGGAAGCCCCUGUAAAGUAACGAGUCUCAUUGGCGUUACAAUUGAGAAGAUAGCUUGUGGUUGCACGCACGUCCUGGCCCUAAGUAAUAAAGGAAAUUUGUACGUGUGGGGCGCAAAUAAUUCAGGCCAGUUGGGUUUGGAUACUGGGAGCAAAUCAGAUGCUUGGCGUCCAGUACAGCUGGUAGUGGAGGAAGUGAAUAGGGUAGCAGAUAUAGCGACCAUGCAUUUCAGUCACAUCAGCGUGGCUCUGGUCGAAGGCAAUCGAAUAUAUGUAUGGGGUUCGUGUCUCUCGCAAAGUGUCUUAGUUCCAACUCUGACUACUUUAAAUUAUCUGCACGACGCUUUCGCACUAUACGCGACACCUAAAGUUACGUAUAAACCGAUCGUCUUUUACGACGACGAAGAGGAAGUCAGUUUCGAGGAUUGCUUUAGAGAAGCAUUCGACGAUUCCACUACGAGUGACUUCGUCGUAAAUGUACAACAGAAGUCUAUUUUUGUACACAAAGCUAUUCUAAGGAUACGUUCGGAAUAUUUUCGGACGAUGUUUCAGAAUAAGUGGGCCGAUGAUGAUCAGUGUGCUAUGGAUCAAUAUCAAUUUUCGUACAACGUUUACAAAGCUUUUCUGAAGUAUUUGUACACCGACGAGAUUGAUCUACCCGAGGAAAAUGUGUUUGAACUUUUGGAAUUGGCAAACUCGUUCAACGAAAACCAGCUAAAAAAACGGUGCACACGAAUAAUGAAGAAAGCUAUUACGAUUGAAAAUUCUGCCUCCAUCUAUAGCAUGGCCGUCGAAUACGAUGCCAAGGAACUCGAGGAGUAUUGUUUUAAAUUCAUGCUGAAUCACAUAACGGCGGUAAUGCAAUCAGAGAAUUUCGCGAAACUUAGCGAAAAUAUGAUGAAAACCUUCAAACUCAAAGCCGCGCACACUGGUGCGCUUAAAACUUAAAAUGCGUUGCGCUAACAAAAUUUCUCAAACGAUGUAAAUAUCUAAUAGACUUCACUUGCGAUACGUGAUUGACUAAAGGUUUUUAUGAAGUUGUCAUUCAGACUAGGGACACACCGUACGUACUUACCUCUUAUCUUAUUUUGUACCAGUCAGGUACUUGUCGUUUGCGUUUAAUAACGUGGGUACUGAGAACACGUUCUUCCUGUUUCAAACAAAAAGGAUUACGCGUUACCAGAAGAUCGAAGCUGGUUCUAGUCAAUGAUAGUCAUCCAAAUGCGUGACACACGUAACGUUUAUUACACGUAUCUCAUUCGGACCGUGUCCUUUUUUAUUACAUUGGUUUCAUCUUGUCGAUA